ACAGGGAAAUCAAUCUCCUAUAAAGUGGCCGGUGCUCCAGCAAACCCAUUCAUCCUAGCAGCACAGAUACAUAGUCAAAAGGUAAGGCUAGAUAAAAAAUUUUAACUCUAGCCAAAAAAUACGAAUAAUAAAUACGAAUCAAUUUAUGCCGGCGGAAAUGAAAAUUUGAUACAUUCAACCAACACCGCGCGUUUUGUAUUUGCGAAUAAAAUUACAUACUUACUUGUUUGUUCAAAAGCUAGCAACUACUCAAAUUUAUAGUUGGCUAAAUAAAUAGUUGGCUUAGCCAACUAUAAAUUGCAAAUGAAGUUAGUCAAUAUGCGGAUUGUUCUAUAAAAACGGCAAUUUUUUUCAUAUUACACUUUUUAAAGGUAAAAGGGGUUAAGGGUUCUUUGCCAUAUUAUACUUUUUACACUGACGAAUUUCAGGUAUCCCAGACAAAAAAGGAUUCUCAAAGUGUUUCCAUUUUGGAGACCUCAUCUAGUUCUGGAAAUGUUGAAAACAAGACUGGCGAGAACGACCCUCAACCUGACAAAGUUCAAAAUUUGCCCCCUCCUGACACAGUAGAAUUUGAAUUUAUGUCUUCCACGGUAAGUCUUCAAAAUUGAUCUUUUUUCAAAUUUGUUAUGACUGAUUUUUAGAAUGUUUUGAAUUUUCAAUCAUUAUAUUUAUAAAUAGACACCAGGAAGCGAAAGCAAUGAAUCACACGAGGCCCAAGAAGUCGAAAGCGACACCCUUGAAAAUGAGACUGAAGAAACUGAAGAAAACCAGGACGAUAAAAACAUGACUUGGUUUCAAUGCGCAGGGCUGUUGCAAUAUCUAAAGUCCCAGCUUCGUAAUGUUGAAGGAAUUAUAGAUGAAGUUGAGACGGCAGAUAAUGCUAAUCAAGAAUAUUUUCUAAAUAAGGUAAUCGAAACAGUUGGUCAGGUUGAAGAAACUGCAAGCCAGCUUCUCAGAAUAUCAUUUCAAUUCCUGGAAAAGGUUGAAAAAGAGAACAUGACACUGGACGAUAGCAAUCAGAAAGCAUUCCCUACCAUGCCAUCUUUGGAUCCUGGAUUGCGAUCAAAACAUCUGACGGACAGUCAAAAAACAUACCUGAUACAAAUCGGACCGAAUCAACCAAAUUUACAGGUAUACCCAAGUAAUUCCAGCAUUGCCAAAGAAGGUCACAAGCAGUCGAGAUUUAAUCCAUCCUGGUUCAAAGAGUACCCUCACCUUGAAUAUAGUUUAUCGAAAGACGCUGCUUUCUGUUUUGUUUGUUCCUUGUUUGGAAGUGGUCCAGGAAUGGAGAAAGCAGAAAAUGUUUGGAGUACAGAAGGUGUGUGUACAUGGCAUAAAUUCAAGAGCUGUGGAAAAGCAAAGCGUGGCAAGUUGGCAACACAUUUCUCAUCUGCGAGUCACAAAAGUGCAAUGUUUGCAUAUGCAAACUUCGUGAAAACCUGUGGUCACGUCGAUGUCUUGCUUUCUAAGACCAAACGCCAUGCUCUCAUCCAGGAGGAGGAAGAUCUUGUCCGCAAUAGAAAGGUCGUCGAGAUAUUGUUGGACAUAACAAAAACACUCGGACGCCAAGGUAUCGCGUUUAGAGGCCAUGGAGACGACAAAGAAGGAAAUUUCCAUCAGAUUGUGAUGUUGAUGGCCAGGUAUUGUCCCGACCUAAAGUUCUGGUUCAGCACAACCCGGAUGCGACCAUACCGUGUCACCUAUCUUAGCCCACAGUCCCAAAACGAGUUCAUUGAACUGAUUGGUCGCCAAGUACAAAAGCGGGUUACAAAAGAAAUUAAAGAAGCUGGGAUGUACUCAGUUAUGGCUGAUACAACGCCUGAUGUAUCGCACAAAGAUCGCCUCGCGGUUGCUUGUAGGUACGUAGAUGCAAAUGGUCAGCCAAGGGAGCGAUUGAUGUCAUUGACCGAAGCUAAAGACAAGACAGGAGAAGGAGGAGCUGAUGAAAUAAUCGAGGCGCUAAAUAAGCACGAAAUGAAUUUAAACGAACUGUGUUUUCAAAGUUACGACUACACAGCUUCCAUGUCCGGACGCUUCAACGGAGUCCAGAAGAAGAUCCAGGAUAAACUCGGAAGAAGAAUUCCUUACAUGCCAUGCUUAGCGCACCGUUCAAACACAGUAAUCGAGCACAGUUGCGAAGCAAGCGCCGUCAUAAAGGAGCUGUUCAAUGUCCUUGAGGAACUGUACGUAUUUUUUACGAGCAGUACAAAACGUGUAUCGUGUCUUCAAGAGUCUAUCAUUGGUGCGGCCGUAGACAACCCGUUGCAGCUACGAAACCUAUCCAAAACACGGUGGGUAGUUCGAGCCGAGUCUAUCAAGGCAGUGUGGUCUACUUACGAAGCGAUUUUGGAAUCUUUGGCCAUUCUGCAAGAGCGCUCGAAGGAUAUCAAGACAAAAACAGCCGCCUCUGGUUUGUUGACAAAAAUCACCAGAUUUGAUUUCAUCAUGUGUAUAAUGUUUAUGAAAAACAUUAUGUACAAGACCAAAAGAAUGACGGAGGUCCUUCAAAAGGAAGAUCUUAACAUUAUCGACGCGAUUACCAUUAUGGAGUCAACAAUAAAGAGCUUGGAAUACGUGAACAAUGACAUUGAUGCUAUGAAUGCAGAAAUCCAAGCAGCAGUUAUAUUUGCUGAGCACCUUGGUGUUGAUGCUCAGACUGAUUUCCAACGUCAUCAUCGCCACAGAAAACCACCUGCCAGAAUCGAUGAAAAUCCAUCAAAUGCUGUGUCGUUUAACUUGGAGUCCUUUUACCGGAAAGAAUUCAAAGCAGUGUUGGACACUCAGAUCAGCACUUAUAAAGAGGUCAAUAACAAUUCCAAAGAAACAACAAAACCCCUGAUUGACACCCUGCAUCCUGGGAAAGACGUGGCACCAUUGGAAUCGUUCAAGGACUUGACGGAGUAUUUCCCACGAGACCAAAGACCAGACCCGGAAGCUCUGAUGUCCGAGAUGGAGGUAUUCAGGUCUCACUUGACCGACCACUACCAUACCAACGUUCAAGAUAUUUCAGAUGCGGCCAGAAUAGCAGAAAAACAGAAGUCAGUGUUUCCUUUGGUCAACAAGGCUUACCGCCUAGCUCUUACUGCACCAGUGACAGUAGCUAAGGAUGAAAGAACAUUUAGCAAGCUAAAACUUGUCAAAACACUCUGCAGAUCAACAAUGAAUGACGAACGAUUGGAGGAGUUAUUAAUAAUGGCUUGUGAAAAAGAUAUCACUGAUGAAAUCAGCGUUGUUAAAAUGGCUACAGCUUGGGCAGCGUUAAAACGACGACGAGUCCAGAUAUCCAUAGUACCAUAA